UAUCCAUAGGUAAGGUAUCAGGUAGUAUUUGACAAAAAUGACAAAGAAUUUAAAAUUCUUUAAUUUUAAAGUUUUUGUGUACUAUAAUAUUUAAAAUUUAACUACAUCCAAGAUUAUAAUUUUAAAAUAACUGCAUAUUUUUCGGAAAAAAAACGAUUCAGUUUUAUUAUUUAAAUAAAUAUAUCGCAAAAUAAAGAAAUUAAAAAAAAUAAAAUGGCGUCUGGAAAAGAAAAUAGUGGCAUGGAAAGUGGUAAAUUAGAAAAAUGGCGUGAAGCUAUGAGUCAAAUGUCAUUAAAAGACCUUCUGAAAAUUAAAUAUUGCUAUAACAAACAUGAAAAAUGGCAAUUAAUGUACUCGCCUUAUGAUGAAACAAAAAAGAAGUGGUUCUGCACAAUUUGCAGAAAGGUGUUAAUGGACAGUAACGCGGUUUUAGCUCAUAAUGGGCUUAAUAAACAUAAGAGCAGUCUUGAAACUAAAGUUUAUGACAUUUUUCACGACAAUAUUAAUCCUUUUAAAUCUAAGAAAGAGGAAAACCCAACCGAAAACGCUGAAGCUCCUGAGGAAGUGGAUUUUAAAGCUCAAUUACUUGCAAUGUCGUUGGAGGAAAUUUUAGAAGUUCGUUAUAAAAUUAAUGAACUCUGGAAAAAAUUGAUUAUUCCUUUGCAAAAAGGGUAUAACUGCACGAUAUGCAAAUCAAAUUUGUUAACAAAUAUACAAGGGAUUCGAAAUCAUAUGUCUAACCGUCAACAUAAAUCUAAUAUGGAAUUGAUAGCAGGAAUACAUCAUCCAAAAAUUUUUCCCACAAAAGAUCCAAGUUUACAGGAUGGUGAGAUAUUAACAAACAAACAACAAAGAGAAAUUCCUAAGGAUAUUUCAAAAGAAAUUGUAAUAGAUGAUGUACAAGAUUUAAAAUCUAUUAAGGAUACAAAUUUACCAAAAGCUGUUCCGAUUCAAGUAUCGAUCAAAAGCAUUGAAAAAAAACCAAAUGAAAUUACAAAUCAAAAUUUACAUAAGAAUGAGAAAUUAGAUCAAUGUUCCACAUCCGAUGAGAAAACGCAAAUGUCAGAGUUAGAAACAAUAAGUCAAUCGAAAGAGAGUCAACCACAAACUCAACUAACAAAAAAUACUAUCAAUGAAUUUUUAUCUGAAAUGACAUCUAUGAGGAAGGAAGAUCUCAUAAAAGUAGAAUACAAAGGUAAUGAUAGGAAAUGGAAACACAUUAUAACAUAUGAUGGAAUACAUUAUUCUUGUGGAAUUUGCAAUCUUAGACACUUGAAAGACAUUCCAUUAAGUGAUCAUAUAAAAGGCAGAAAACAUAAAGAAAAGGCCCUUAUAAGUGUUGUCAGAUUUUUUCAUCCUGUAUUUACAGAACCAAAAGACUUGAAUAAAAAGUCCCAAGAUGCAACAUUUGCUCAGUCUGAAAAUAAAGCUUUACCAAAAAAUAAAAUUUCAAAUGAAAAUUUAGUUCAAAUUCCUACCAGCAAGCCUUCACCUCAAACCAAUACACAAAAAGAGUCAGAAGUUAUUAUUUUAAACAAUGAAACUGAGGUAUUUACCGUUGAAGAUUCUCCAGAAAAAGAAUUAGUGCCUCCGGGGACAGAAAUCACCUCAAAGAAUAUUGUAGUUAAUCCAGUAGCAAUCUCCGCUGCAAGGAAGAGUAAUGAAAUAAAUGAUACACAAAAAGAUUCUUUAAUUAACAAAACUAAACAAAAAACAGAUACCACAGGCAAAAAUAUUACAGGAAACAUUAAUUUAAAUGUAGAAAAUAACAAACAAAGUUUUGAAAAAAAAGAAUUUUCAGCGAAAAAGAAUGAUGAUGUAGAAGGGUUUGUUGGCGUCGAAUAUGUUAUAAAAGUGAUAAAACAUGCAACUGACAAUGAUCCCCGGUUUGAAUGUUGCCUAUGCGAAACUGAAUUGAACAGUGGUGCAAUGCAGCAUCAUUUAAAAGGACUUAUUCAUCGGACUAAAUACUUGGAACGUCAUUUUCCAACCUGCAUGAAGCAGUUUAAAGAAUAUAAGGAAAACUCAGCUGCAAUGUAUCAAAUAAUUGAAAGAAUUUGUAAAGCUAUUGAAAAAUAUCAUGGUCGUGAUUUGCCAUUAGAAUGUGUUCAAAACGAUUUUAGGGCGAAUCGCUGUGAAUACAUGGAGAAAGUUUUUUCUUUUAGACAUGCUUCUGAAAUGUCUGGUCCAUCAUUUACCAAUAUUGUUGACAAAAAGGAAUUGCAAAAUAUUAUCAAUAACAAAACUUUUAAAAUACCUGAGAAAAAGGACGAGAAAAUAACUUUCACGGUGCGUGAUAAUGAAAGCAAAGCAAAUUAUCCUUUUACUACAGAAUCAGAUAAUAGGCCAACUGCGAAGGUAUCUAACAUUCCAACCACCCGAUUGUCGAAAAAUCCGUCACGAAAUUUUCCAACCCAUCCUAAUAUAAUUCAUCAGCAUCAUCACACACCUUAUAGACCGAUUUUUGAUCCCUCAAUUCCAAAUAACAUCUUGCCAUUUGAAACAAUGGGUUCAGGGUAUCAAAAUACAUAUACUCCUACAUUUUACCCUGAAGUUCAACUAAGACCAAAUAUACAAUAUCAACCAGUUGUCGAUCAAUCUUUGGAUGAUGAAGAGCAUAGACGGCUUGCCGAAAAUUUUAUCAAAAAUACAAAAAUGAAUGAUAAAUCUGACAGGUACAGGCAAAAAUCUCGUUCACCUAGAAGAUAUAAAAAACAAAGAUCUAGAUCAGGAUCUAGAUCAAGGUAUAGACGUGAAACUCGAAGUUUAUCUAGAUCACCACUUCGAGAAGGUGAUGUUUGGCAGGCGUAUAGGCGCAAAUAUGAUAUGGAUGUUAAAAUUAUUGACAUGGAUUUUAAACAUUACCAAAAGGAUCCACAAUCAUAUCCUCUAUACAAUGAUGAAUGGCAGUCGUUUUGGGCGAACCGCGUUAAUGAGUUGAAACAAGCGGGAAGAGAUUACCAGAAUUAUGAUUUCACUUACGAAUGGUCAUUAUAUUUUCCAAAACGUCUUGAUGAACUUUACGAAAAGGAAACUGAAGCAUUAAAAGUUAGAUUGCGCGAAAGAUUUGUUUUACCAAUGCAUAAUCAUGAAUUAAGAGAUCCGAAAUAUCAUAUAAAACAUGUGAUAGAAGCUGAAGUUAGACCUCCUGUUCAUCCGGAAAUUUCAAUAAUCAAAAAUGAUUCGAAAGUUGAAGGUGAUUCUCCUUCAAUCAAAAACAGUAGAACUCAAGCACCAACAAGACAUAUGUCACCGAUAAAUAUAUCAAAAAGGAAAAAUAACUCUAGUGAUAUGCUCUCUGUCGAAUAUGAAAAUGUCGACUCAAAUAAAGAGGAUACAUUUGAGACUACGUAUGCUAAAAAAAGGAAAAGAGUAACUGAUUCGAAAUCACCAUCACCACCAGAGGUGGCAGAUGAUUUAGAGGGAGAUUUAGAAAAGGAUUCUAUAACUGCUAUGAGUGUUUUAAGGGUUUUAACAGCUUUAGAAGAUAAUUUGGGAAGUAGUCUUGGACCGAAAAUUAUUGAUCUUAUGUCUAAAGCUCUUGUUUUAGAAAAGACAAAACCAAAUGCUGUUGAUGAGAAUUUAUUAACAACUGACAAUUGUCUUUUAUUGGAAACAUGUCGAGAGAAAUUGAAGGGUCAAAUCGUGGCUGGCCUUUACAAAAGUCAGCAAUUGCGUGCAGUCAAAAGUGUCAUUAAAAACAUAACAACUUUAGCAGAAAAAGCUAGUGUGUUUAGAGCUAAAAAUCCCGAAAAAUCAUCUGAUGUUCAAGCUAUUCUUAAGAAAGCUACAGCUUCUGUUGCUCCCCCGAAGUUUUCGUCAGCACCACGACCUCCUGCAAAAGCUAUUACAUCAAAAGUAUCAUCGCACUCAGUGCCAAAUUCAAGAGCAUCAAAUCAAUCAACAAACUCGGGGUCUGACAACAUAACGUCUUCGGUAUCAUCUAAUUCUGGUUCUAACAGCGCAAACUCUAAACAACUGAAUAUACCAAUGAUGUCAAUGGGUCAAAAGAAGGAAUUAGCUAAGAAAUUAGCACAAGCUUUAGCUGCUCAAGGUAAAACUGAUAUUUCAACCGAAAGUUGUGAACAAUUGAUAGAAGUUUAUACAUUAAUAGAUAAAAAGCAACGGGAAAACGGGAAGCUCAACAGCCAGGAAAAAAGUUUGUCGGAGUGUUUACAAGAUUGUGUAAAAAGUGGAAGCCUAACAACUUUAACAAGCAUAAUUCAAGACAAGAAUAAAGCCGCUAUGGAAGAAUCAUCCCAGCAACCUCAUCAAGAGCAACAACAACAGCAUUCUCAGUUUGGUGAUAUGACAUCUCAAGUACAAAGUAUAUUGAUGGCCAUUAAUCAGAAUCGAUUUCCGCAGCAACAAUCGAGGAGUAAUUUUGGGAAUUUUUCACAUCUUGCAAAUUUUGAUACUUCAUUAAAUUUUAACCCAGUUUUGCAAUUACCUAGACCUUCAUACAGAGGAACAAGCAGUGGUAGUAAUUUGACAAGUAAUAGCGGAUCUCAAAACUGGGUUCAGGGUAGUAUUUUAACCGGUGGAAAUUAUAAUAAUAUAGGAACUUCAUCAAAUCCGUCACCAAAUCUAUCGUCAUUUGGAAACUCAUUUAGUGCUUCAAAUAAUGAAACCAACAACCAAACGAAUCGCAAUCUGUUGAAUAACGAUUUAAAUUCAAAUAAUCCUUUUAUGAGAAAUAUGUCAAGUGGUGGAAGUUGGCAGCGUUCUAAUUUGCCUCCACAACAACAAAACAAUUUCCAAAAUUCUUAUGGUGCCGGUUCCUUGUACGAGCGCUAUAAUAGAAGAUAA